UGUGUGUAGGACGCCUUGUCACUUACAGUUAGCAAGAAAAUGGCCACUUUUAUUGACAUACAAAGUUUAUAUAGGUCAUAUAUAUACAACCACUGUCUAUAACCCACAAUUUAAGCGCGGCGGGAAGAAGGAUUUUUGAUUGAAGCUUGAGAGAGUGCGAAAGUGCUAUGGCUAAUUUUGAAAAGUUUUUUUCUUCUUUGUGGAAAGUGCAGUUUGACCCCCCGACCACCAUAAGUACCUUUUUGGGUCGUUUGCCCGUUUAAGUACCAGUUUUUUUGAAUCGCCGCCCCCGAGCGAGAAACCGUACCACCGUCACCGGGUUUCUUUCCCUGUCGUCACCGUCACAAGUCGAAAUCGUCGUGCACGCGUCGUGAACCGCCACCGCGCUCACCUCGCGGGUCGCCGUACCGUCUUCGGGCGAUUUCCAGGUUCAAGGUCGUCGCCCUCAAGCCCAGACGAGCCCGUCCUGAAGGAAGUCGCUGCUCCGGAGGAACGACCGUGCCGGACGUUUAAUUCGUUUUUUUGUAAAACCGUUUUGUGUAGCUGGUGGCAGGGUAUAAACCCGAUUUAUUAUUUAAAAUAUUUCUAGCCGUUUUAUUUUAUUGUCGUGUAUUCGCUGGCGCUCACCACCUGAGAUCCGUGUCUCCGGCUUGAGAGCAACCCCGGCGUUCCCUCCCUCCCUGGGUCAGUAAGACGUGUUUCUUAAAUCAGCGACACUAGUCGGCCCAAGGUUUGGUACCCAGGCAAAUACAGAAUUUGGGGUUUACUUUUUUGCUGAAAUGGAACUACAGUUUCUUCGAGCGAUUACAAUAUGUUUUAUUGUGACAUUAAUAAGUGCAGAAGAUAUCGUGUGUCCCGAUAACGAAGUACCCGGGUGUGAAUCAGCUUGUGCACCCACGUGUCAAAAUAAGAACCCAUCAAAGUCGUGUACUAAACAGUGUGUUGGCCCUUGUAUUUGCGAGAAAAAUUACAUUAGAGAAGGACCAGGUGGUAUUUGUGUACCAAAAUCGUGUAAAGGUGUUCUGAUUUGCAAAGAACAUGAGAAAUUUGUGUCUUGCCCAACAACAUGUCCCAUAAUUUGUAACCAAACUCUUCCCACAAUAUGCCCAAAGAUAUGUCUUAGAGUAGGAUGUGUUUGUGAAGAUGGAUAUGUGCGAGAAUCAGUAAACGGGAAAUGUGUUUGUGAGAGCAAAUGUACUUUUAAAUGUCCAGAUCCAAACAAGGUUUACAACGACUGUAAAAUUACGUCGUGUCCAGGCACUUGCUCUGAACCAAGCAGAGUUUGUAAACGAUGUAUUAAAGAGUGUAUUUGUAAGGAAGGAUACCUACUGGAUGAAACCACUGGCCAGUGUGUUGAAAAAGACGGUUGUCCGAAGACUUAAGCAAACUGAUACAAGUUGACACUGCAUAUUAUACGUAUAUGCUAUGGUUUAACCUUUGCAAAAAUAUGUGUGUCUUACACUAUUUCUUAUAAAAGUUAAAAGCACUG